AUGGAGCUUUACAAGAAAACAACCAUUGAGUACUUAAACAAUGUCACAAAACUAGGAGAAAUUCUUUUCAACUUACUAUCCGAAGCUCUUGGGCUAAAACCAGACCACUUGAAAGCCAUGGAAUGUGCCAAAGGACAAGCAAUGGCAUGCCACUACUACCCAGCCUACCCACAGCCAGAGCUAACUCUUGGUGCCGAUAAGCAUACAGAUCCUUCCUUCUUCUCAAUCUUGCUUCAAGAUCAAAAUGGUGGCCUUCAAGUUGUGCAUAAUAACCAAUGGGUCGAUGUUGAACCGAUUGAACAUGGUUUGGUUGUUAACAUUGUUGACUUUCUUCAGAUCCUUUCGAAUGACAAGUUUGUAAGCGUAAACCAUAGAGUCGUAGCGAAUAAGACUGUGAAGAGAGACCGAGCACCACGUCGCCUAGCACCAUCAAUGAACAUCACUAUAAUACUUCAGAAAACCUAA